AUGUCUUCUUAUGCAGAAAACAACAAUCAAUCAAUCAAUAUUGUUCGUCAAACUCAAAAUGUUAAUACAUUUACAACACCUCCAAAGCAUAACACAACCAUACAAUACUGCCAUUCCUUUACAGAUGUUAGAACUCCAUUUUCUAACAUUACAAAUGUUAUAAAUCCGUUAUCUAACAAUAGAAAUGAUAUCAUUAGUUUCGAUAAAUAUACCACUUCCAAGUUAGCAAACAAAAGACAGUACCAUGUACUUUCAAAUGAAAUGACAUCAAAAAAUGCAUCCACAGUAACAACUUCUUCAUCAUCAAUCAAGUUAAAUCCAGGAUGUCAUAAAUUAAAAACGAAGACAAGACAUUUAUCCCCUAUCCCAUUGAUUGAUCUGACAGAAGAUGUAGAAAAUAUACAUCAAGUGAACAAUGAAAAUCUUAUAGUUGGUAUCUCAAAUGAAUAUUUGGAUCAUGGUGAUCAAGUUGUUGUAUGUCAAACAUGUCGUGCAAAAUUAUGGAGAAAUGAAUCCAUUAGAGGUAAAGAAAAGGGAAACACGGAUUAUUCAUUAUGUUGUGGUUACGACAAAGUUCAACUUCCAGAUUUAAAGAAUGCACCCCCGACUUAUGAAAGAAGUGGUCAAAAGGAUCAAUCAACAUCAACUGAUAGUGAUAUUAUUGAAGAUAUUAAGGUGAUGUUGGAUUCAAAUAAUGUGUUGGUUAGAUCUUAUAGGAUGGUAAAAGAUACUUUUCAGAAAAAUCCAGAAGUUGAUAUGAAAUUACGACUUAUCGGGAGAAGGGAGCAAGAUGGAAGAACAUAUAACCUACCGACUGCUUCUGAGGUUGCUGCUUUAAUAAUUGGUGACAUUUCGGAUUCAAUCGAGAAGAGGGAUAUCGUCGUUCAAACAAAAAAUGGUUGUCUACAACGUAUCAGUGAAUUGCAUCCUUCGUAUCUUCCUCUCCAAUAUCCAUUGCUAUUUCCAUAUGGGGAUGAUGGUUAUAGUGUUGACAUUCUUCAUAGAGGUGUGUCAUUUACGAACAACAGCAAGCGUGCAAAAUGUACAAUGAGAGAAUAUUUCGCUUAUAGGAUUCAAGACAGAGAUCAUUCGUUUUCUCUCAUACUUAAUUCAAGAAGGUUGUUUCAACAAUUUCUGGUAGAUGCCUACACUAUGAUGGAAACGGAGAGAAUGUACUACAUACAUAGGCAACAACAUGUUCUUAGAUGUGAUUCUUAUGAAAAUUUACGUAACCAAAAAGCUCAAGGAACGACUGAUAUCUCGAAUGUUGGCCAACGUGUCAUAUUACCUUCAUCCUUUACCGGAGGUGCACGUUAUAUGCUGCAAAACUAUUUGGAUGCCAUGUCACUAUGCAAAUGGUUUGGAUAUCCUGAUUUCUUCAUAACCUUUACGUGUAAUCCCAAAUGGCCUGAGAUUAAAAGGUUUCUUAAGGAUACUUCACUUCAACCAGAAGACAUGCCUGAUAUACUAUGUAGGUUGUUCAAGAUCAAGCUUGAUGCAUUCAUUAAAGACUUAAGGGAUAAUCAAAUUUUCAGCAAAGUUCAAGCAUAUGUUUAUACAAUUGAAUUCCAAAAAAGAGGUUUGCCGCAUAGUCAUAUAUGUCUAUUCAUGCAUUCUGACAACAAGCUACCAACUGUUGAACUUAUCGAUCCGAUAAUUUCAGCAGAGAUACCAGACAGAAUCGAAGAUCCUGAAUUGUAUUCACUUGUAAAUGAGUUUAUGGUUCAUGGUCCAUGUGGAGCUGAAAAUAUGAAUUGUUCAUGCAUGGUGGAUAAAAAGUGCUCUAAAAACUUUCCAAAAAAAUUCAGUAAUCAUUCGUCUGUAGAUCAGAAUGGUUUUCCGUUAUAUAGGCAAAGAAACGAUGGUCAUUUUGUAGAAAAAUCAGGUGUAAGGUUGGAUAAUAGAAAUGUUGUUCCAUACAACAAAUAUCUAUUGAAAAGAUAUCAGACACAUAUUAAUAUUGAAUGGUGCAAUCAGGGAUCUUCUAUAAAGUAUUUGUUUAAAUACAUAAAUAAGGGUCCUGAUAGAGCUACAGUUGCUGUUGUACCAACCAACAAUGAAUGUGAAAAUAAUGAUGUGGUCGAUGAAAUAGCUGAAUAUUACGAUUGUAGAUAUUUAUCAGCAUGUGAAGCAUCAUGGCGAAUUUUUACAUAUGAUGUUCAUUGCAGAUAUCCUUCUGUUGUCAGACUGCCUUUUCAUCUUCCUAAUCAACAACAGAUUGUAUAUGGUGAAGACGAUGAUAUUGAUGAUGUUCUUGACAAACCUUCUGUUGCGGCUUCAAAGUUCACAACUUGGAUGAAAUGUAAUGCAAUCGACAGUGAAGCACGAAAACUCACAUAUGUUGAAUUCCCUACAAAGUUUGUUUGGAUAUUAAAUGGUCGGUUUUGGAAGCGAAGGAAAGUAGGAAAAGCCAUCGGUAGAAUUCAUUCUGUUUCACCUAAACUAGGUGAGGCAUAUUUCUUAAGGAUUCUUUUAAAUAAAGCAAAAGGACCAACAUCAUUUGAUGAUAUUCGCACGGUAAAUGGUCAAACACAUUCUUCUUUUAGAGAUGCUUGUUAUGCACUCGGGCUAUUAGAUGAUGACAAGGAAUACAUUGAUGCAAUUAAAGAAGCAAGUCAUUCUGGAUCUGAAUUGUCACUCGGAGUAGAUGAACUUAAGAACUUAACUUUGUUCGAAAUACAACAAAUUUUACUUCGAAACAACUCUACACUCAAAAACUUCAAAAACAUGCCAUACCCAGAUGUUGAAUCCGUUUCUUCUUCAAACAAUCAGCUUAUCACCGAGGAGCUAGAUUACGAUGUUCCCGUGAUAAAGAAUGAAUAUGAUCGUAUGUUUCUUGCAUUAACAAAUGAGCAACGUAAUAUUUUCCUAAACAUCAUGAGUGCUAUUCAAGAAAAUAAAGGAGGUGUCUUCUUUGUUUACGGUUAUGGUGGAACGGGUAAAACUUUUUUAUGGAAAACAAUAUCUGCAACAAUUAGAUCUGAAGGAAAUAUUGUAUUAAAUGUUGCUUCAAGCAGUAUUGCUUCCUUAUUAUUGCCUGGUGGUAGAACAACACACUCUUGA